CAACAAUUAAAUCCAAUCCAAAUCCAAGCCCACCCUUUCUUUCCCUCCUUCUCCUCCCUCAUAAACCCCAAACCCCUCCCCUCAAACCCAACCAAAUCAAAAACCCCCUCCAACCCGCCAAAAUGGUCCGCACCCUCAAACACCACGAAAAGAAACUCCUCCGCAAGGUCGACUUCCACACAUACAAAUCGGACAACAACCACCGGGAAUCGACGAUCCGCACGCGCUACCACCUCCAGGACCCGCUCGACUACCGCAAAUACAACCAGCUGUGCGGCUCGCUGCGGCAGCUGGCACACAAGCUGUCGGAGCUGGACCCGGAGACGGACCCCGUGCGCCGCAAGCUGGAGAGCGAGGUGCUGGAUAAGCUCUGGCGCAUGGGCAUCCUGAAGCAGUCGCGCGAGCAGGGGGCGGGGUUGUCUCGCGUCGAGAGGGAGGUCACGGUGUCGGCGUUUUGUCGCCGGCGGUUGGCGGUGUUUAUGGCUAGGAGUGGGAUGGUGGAGAAUAUUACUGCUGCCGCGACAUUCAUCGAACAAGGCCACGUGCGCGUGGGAUCCGAAGUCGUCACCGACCCGGCGUAUCUCGUGACUCGCAACAUGGAGGACUUCGUCACUUGGGUCGAUACUAGCAAGAUUAAGCGCUCCAUCAUGCAAUAUCGCGAUAACUUGGAUGAUUUCGAUAUGCUGUGAGGAAGAAGAGAGUUUGGAGAGUGAAGCAUGGAUGGAUUGUUGUGUCUCGUCGAUACCCAUAUACAUUUUACUUUUUUUUUUUUUAUAUAUAUUACAUCACUUUUUACUUUUUUAUACAGGUUCGUUGUCGUUGGUUGGCAUUUUUUUUUUAUAUCUCUAUUAUGUUUUGAAGAAUUAUGGUUGCGU